AAGUGAGAGGUAGCCGAGAGACUGAGAAGGAGGGAGAUGAAGAGUCUGUGAGAGCAGAAGACACCCAGACCUCUGAGAGAAAACAACAGUGUAUUUUCAGUCCUCCUGCACCAGUUUUUCCUGUCCGUCAUCUCUGCUGCCAUGCUGUGUCCUGUGCUCCUUUGUGCCACUCUGCUCCUCCUGACACCCCUGGAGAUCACAGAGGCUCGCGCUCUGCACCCUUCUCCCGAUGCUGUGCAGUUUAUGGAGCAGUUUCUGGAACGAUACAAUGACCUUUUGACCCUGGACGACCUGGAGAACCUGUUGAACACCCAACCGGAGGAGCAGUCCACCUUCUCCUCGGGGGUCAAAGCAGCCGAGUACCCCAAAUGGGCCGACACACAGACGCAAGCCGAGACCCCCUGGCUGCGCCUGCUGAAGGGGGCUCUGGCCAACCAGAAGCGUGCAGAACCAGACAGGUCACGGAGGGGAUGGAACCGAGGAUGCUUUGGGCUGAAACUGGAUCGGAUCGGGUCUAUGAGCGGAUUGGGCUGUUAGUGGAGAGAAAGUAAAGACUGAUGACAUCCUUCUUAGAGUAUAUUAAGGAAAAACACACAUGCAGAGACAUGCAGUGAAGGAUGUUUACAUGCGUGUAGACUACAUGUAGUAUGGUGUAAACUCGCAGCAUUGCUAAUGUGGUUUCAUCCAGCGUAGGCACUCUACCAUAGAUCAGACG